ACAACCCGGCUGUCAACCUUUAUACAGCUUCCUGUUUGUGCUUUGGCGGAUAUGAAGGAGUUUUUCCGUUGUUCUCAUUCUCUCUUCUAAUUAUACUUUUGAUUUAAUAAGUAACGAAACGCAGGAUGUCUGAAACCGGGAAUCGACUUCGGAAACUCCUCGAAUCACCUAAUUUCGACCCGCAAACCUACGUGAAGCAGUUGUCCCAGCAGUCCGAUGGUGACCGAGACCUGCAGGAGCAUCGCCAGAAAAUCCAGAAUCUUGCCGACGAGACGGCCCAGAACCUCAAGAAGAAUGUGUACAAGAACUACAGGCAGUUCAUCGAGACGGCCAAGGAGAUCUCGUAUCUGGAGAGCGAGAUGUACCAGCUGAGCCACAUCCUGACCGAGCAAAAGAGCAUCAUGGAGAGCAUCACUCAGUCCCUGCUGUCCACAGAUAAAGAUGAGACCUCUAAGGAGAUGCAAGCAGCCUUCCCCAAAGAGACAGAGGAACUGAAGCAGCGGACCCUCACCUCCCUGCUGGAGAAGGUAGAAGGAGCUAAAAACAUCAUGGACACCCCAGGGAGACACCUGGUCUACAAUGGAGACCUUGUAGAGUUUGAUGUGGACAACAUGUCGCCCAUCCAGAAGGUGCAUGCUUUCCUCAUGAACGACUGCCUGCUGAUUGCCACCUGGUUACCUAACCGCAGAGGCACGGUGAAGUAUAAGUACAACGCCCUGUAUGACCUGGAGAGCUUUGCUGUGGUGAACGUGAAGGACAACCCCCCCAUGAAGGAUAUGUUCAAGAUCCUCAUGUUCCCCGACAGCCGCAUCUUUCAAGCGGAGAACAGCAAAGUGAAGAAGGAAUGGCUGGAGAUCCUGGAUGAGACCAAGAAAAACAAAGCCUCCAAAGACAAGCACAAGAAGGAGGAGGAGGUCCCCAUGUCUCCUGUGCGGGCUGAAGUGUCCACCAACCCUUUCGACAUCGACGAUGAUGAGCCAGCGGACUCAGAGAACAUUGUGGACCUCAGCCUCGAGUGGAUACAGGAGCUGCCAGAGGAUCUGGACGUGUGCAUCGCCCAGAGGGACUUUGAGGGCGCAGUGGACCUUCUGGACAAGCUCAACGAGUACCUGAAGGACCAGCCUGUGACCCCGAAGGUGAAGGAACUCAGGGCUAAGGUGGAUGAGCGUGUGCGGCAGCUGACGGAGGUCCUGGUGUUUGAGUUGUCUCCAGAUCGCUCACUCCGUGGUGGACCUAAAGCAACCCGACGGGCUGUGUCCCAACUCAUCAGAUUAGGUCAGUCCACCAAAGCUUGUGAGCUGUUCCUGAACAACCGCGCCGCGGCCGUCCAGACUGCUAUACGGCAGCUUCGCAUCGAGGGAGCGACGCUUCUUUACAUCCACAAGCUCUGCAACAUUUUCUUCACCAGCUUGCUGGAGACCGCCAAGGAGUUUGAGAUGGACUUUGCAGGAAACACGGGCUGCUACUCAGCCUUCGUGGUGUGGUCCAGGUCAGCCAUAACUAUGUUUGUGGACGCCUUCAGCAAACAGGUGUUUGACAGUAAGGAGAGCCUGUCCACAGCAGCCGAGUGCGUCAAAGUGGCUAAAGAGCACUGCCAGCAGCUGACCGAGAUCGGCCUGGACCUGACCUUCACUCUGCAGUCACUACUGGUGAAAGACAUCAGGGCGGUCCUGCAGAGCUACAAAGAUAUCAUCAUUGAAGCCACCAAGCACAGGAACUCUGAGGAGAUGUGGAGGAGGAUGAACCUGAUGACUCCUGAAGCCUUGGCCAAACUCAUGGAAGAGAUGCGCAGUUGUGGUAUCAGCUUCCAGCAGUACACAGGGGACGACUGCUGGGUCAACCUGAGCUACACCGUUGUGGCCUUCACCAAGCAGAUGAUGAGCUUCUUGGAGGAAGGCCUGAAACUCUACUUCCCUGAGCUGCACAUGGUGCUGCUGGAGAGCCUGCGGGAGAUCAUCCUGGUGGCAGUGCAGCACGUCGACUACAGUCUGCGCUGCGAGCAGGACUCCGAGAAGAAGUCCUUCAUCCUGCAGAAUGCCACCUUCCUGCACGAUACCGUGCUGCCGGUCGUGGAGCGGCGCUUCGAGGAGGGCGUGGGCAAGCCAGCCAAACAGCUGCAGGACCUGAGGAAGAGCACGAGGCCGGUGCGGAUCAACCCCGACAGCACCACAUCCUUGGUCUGAGACUCGCUGGAACCUCUGUGGCUCAUUUUGAUGAAAAUGGAUGAGACUGAAACAAAGGACGGUGGCCAAGAACGCCCACACAUCCUUUCCUCCCUGCAAUUUCAAGUCAAAUUUCAGAACUGACCAAAACACUAAGUGCUGCUGGUUGUUGUGAUGCUACAGCAGAAAAAUGAAAGUAUCGUUUAAAACAACCGCGGUAACAUUGGUUAAAAGAAAGUGCACCUUUUUCCACAUAAAAGUUUAUUUAGAUCCUCUUUCAUUUUAGUUUAAAAAUAUAAUUCCUGCUGCAGCUGAAAAUGUUUUCCUCUCGCCCAGCAUGAGGUCAGCAUACGCUUAGAUCUUUAUACUUAUUUAUCUCUUCCAUUCAUAUAAGCAUCAAACAUCUGUUUUUGCCAAAUCCAUUUUCUGUAUUUACAUAAAAUCAUUUUACAGCACAGCUAAUUACCAGAGUUUACCCACCGCUGAGGUUCAUGCUGUUAGAUUAUAUGAGAUGUGAUGCUCGAUCAUGUGGAUUUUAAUCCAACUGUAUUGUAAUGACCACUCACGUAUGUGAGAUGAUAUAAAGAGAUGACUAAACAACUCCAUUAAAAGCCAAAUGUGCGUUUUUGUCUGAUCUUAACACAUGAAAUCAAAUAAAAAUCUUAAGCACAUA